AUGGCCGCCAUCACCAUGAGUAGUGCCGAAGAGUGGAGGCUGUUCCCCCCGCCCCUGAAACCGGCCCCGCUGUCCGUCGGGGACGAGGUUUUCGUGCGCACAAAGUCGGCCAAGGAGGUCGGGAAGAAGGGAGUCGUGUGCGCUAUCGAGAAGGUGGAAGCGACACCCGUUGUCGCUCCUGCGGCAACGAGCGAACCCGCGGAACUCUCGAGAGGAUACCAUGACCCCGAAGGAAGCAACAACUGUUAUUCCGCCGAGCCUCCGGGUGGAGUAGCAGGCGCGCAUAGCCGGACCAGUAGCUGCGACUUCGCUGGGACCACCAUCUGGAGGAACGUCGACAGGCAGGAGAAGAAUCCGAAAAAGGGGAAGAAGUUUGAGGACACGAGGGCGGUGAUUCGAUUACCACCCCGCGCCGGCAGUCCUGGCAACCCGCCCGACUACCGUGCCCGCCCGUCGAGAUUGGUACGCAUCUACAGGUCGCCGCCUGCCGACAGGUCGACCGCCGCCGCCGCCGCCCCGCCCCUCCUCAUCCUCCUCACGGCGGACACGGCAUCUUUCCGCCUUCUCGCCGCUUCCCAGGUUCGAGCGUGCGACGCGGUUCUAGAGGUAGGCUGCUCGACGGGGGAAACAACCGCCAUCCUCGCCAAGUAUGUGCCCAAGGGUCGCGUUGUGGCCUUGGAUGUCGGGGCUGACAUGGUGGAACGGACGAAGGAGAGGCUGAAACUGGUGUCGUCGGAGAGCGAAAUUUGCGCCGACGUGGCCGUUCACAAGAUGGACCCGUUCCUCGAUCCGCGAGGCGCCGUCGAGGCCGCGGAGCACGAGACGGAGGCGGGCAUCGGGAAGGACGGCGGUGAUGCUUCUCGACCUACCAAGGGUGGCGGUGUGGAUGCGGUUUUCAUCGACAUUGGAGGGAACCGUGAAGUCCGAGGUGUAGUCCGCAUGAUUGCUUUCGCACGAACGGCCUUCGCGCAACCUCCAAGGCUAAUCGUCGUCAAGAGUCAAGAAUUGGUCGACGAGCUGAAGGCAAGCUCCAACGCAGUGGGGAACGCAGGCGACGACGGCGCAACAACUCCGGCGGCGACGGUGUCCGAGGCCGGCUCUUACGCCGAGUGUGGGAGAAUAUCUGAAGGGGACUUGUGGUUCCGCGAGCUGCUCGCACGAAGCACCUCGGCCAGGCCGUCCUUCAACGAAAAUACGGAAGGGGGCGGCGGAGACGCAUCGAGCGGCUGCUCGAACCGCACCACACCGAAGCACUUUCACCCAAACAAGGCCCCGUUGCGCUUGUCCCCAAAGGACGGCGUCACGCCGAUUUGUCGCUACUAUAACUAUCACAAGGAGGGUUGCAAGAAGGGUGGGAGGUGUCCGUUUGACCACGCUGUGUGUCACUGGUGCCUCCGCCCGGGCCACAUUGCGUUGAGCUGCGAGAACGCGAAUGGAUUCAACGUGCCGCUGUGA